CAGUGAGCGAUGUCUUUUGAUGCUUUUUCGGGUGGUUUUUGCGAGUGCACAGCUGUGAACAGCUGUUUUCGCGACCUUCGCAGGUGUCGUAAUCGCCGGCGAUGAUUUUCUGUCGCCGAGUGAGAUAGCCGAGGUUAAACGGUAGCCCCGUAGUAGUUUAAAACAGGCUGCGUCGAGCGCACUUGCGAAGCCGGAAGCUAUGUGGGUGUUCGGGUACGGUUCGCUUAUGUGGAAAGCUGAUUUCCCAUACAACCGCAAGCUCGUUGGUUACGUCAAGGGAUACGUGCGUCGGUUUUGGCAGGCCAGCGAAGACCACCGCGGCGUGCCCGGCAAGCCCGGACGCGUGGUGACUUUGGUGCCCUCGUCUGACCAAAACGACUGCGUUUGGGGCGUCGCUUACGAAAUCCCGGAGGGCGAGAAGGAUGACGUCAUCGGGCGCCUUGACUUCCGUGAGAAGGAUGGCUACGACAGGGUGCAGGUGACGUUCUACCCGGGCAAGUCCGAAGAGAAGCCUUUUCCACUGACCAUCUACGUGGCGCAGAAGGAGAACCCCUUCUACCUGGGCCCCGCCAAUGCGCUGGAAAUUGCCCGCCAGAUCCGCGGUGCCGAGGGACCGAGCGGUUCCAACCGGGAGUACUUGCUCUCGCUUAUCGAGUGCAUGCGGAACAUCGCUCCGCACGUCCGUGACCAGCACUUGAUGGACAUCGAGCAAAAUCUGCUCAACCUCGAGACUACCGAAAAAAAAACGUCGCCAUCACCGAACCUCCAGUCAGCGAGUCACCACAACCAGCCAACCGGUCGCAACCCGCUGGCCGGUCACCACCGGUCAGCUAGCCACCACGACGAGAGUCGGAGAGCGCAGCAUGACGACAACCGCCGCGCGGAGGUUGCCUGACAUGUAUAUUGAGUGAGCGUGGCUGAAGGAAGUAGGGGAACGUAAACUCUUUCAUCGGAAGUUAAGCCUUUUAUCUCAAACAAAAAGUGUUCGUCGUGAGAGACCUAACCAAAUUGAUGUGACACGCUGGCGGCUUUUAUCGUGAUCUUGCCUCGUCCGCAAAAUGCAAAAGUACUUUCGGUGAAGAAGAGUACAGCACGUCAAGAAGUUCAAGAAAGUUACCGCACUUGGGUCAUCUUUUUAAUGAAAAUUCGCUCUACUAAAGUUCUACUGGGUCGGUUCCAGCACUGCGACAUCAAGCUCUUUCAUCAAAAAUUAAGAUUUUAUCUUAAUGGCAUUAGUUGCUAAGGGCUUAUGCGGGUGUCACACAAUGCACUGCUGAUUGCGAUCAAACCAAAGCAGGAUUGAAUGUCUGAACAGUGAUUGGCUCCCUUCUGCAGUUUUUAUAAAGGAGCAAAUCACAAUCAUGGAAUUCGAUCCAGAUCAGGCCUGAUCGCAAUCAUAAAUGACCAUGUGACAGUGGUAUUUAUUAUAUUGGUGCAGAACUCUGGAAGCUUCUAGAGAUAUUCUUCUAUUAGACGAGAGCUUGUCAGCACUAAUCUGGACUGUAAAUUGCAUAGCACAACUAUUCAACGGGACAUAAGAAAGAUCCGUCAAUUAGUUGCAUUAUACUAUACAAUCUACAGUCAUGCUUCACCAAUACGCCCAGUCUUCAACCUUAACUAGUCUGGAGCACUUGCAUUCAAGAAGAGUAGUGCACGCCGAGGUUUUUAAAACUGUUGCAAACAGUGACGGGCAAGAAUCGUCCGGAUGACUGUUUUAACAAAAAUUUGUGAAAGUUAUGCUGGGUCGGUAUCUUCUAGUGACGUGAUCAGGGCAACAUCAACUUGCAUCGUUUGGGUAAAAAUUCAAAAUUCAUUUGCACGUACGUCUGUUGGUAGGCAUGAUGGAACUGAAGCUGCUUACAAAGUUCAUGUUUUACAUAUUUUGGCGCAGUAUUAAGCACCGAGACAAUUGCCAUUGUAGUGUUUUGAGAAAUUGAUCACUCAAGGUUUUUGUAAACCUCUAUGCAACUAUACUUAAAAUUGGCUUCACCUCAGUUUUGACUACUAGGCAAUUGUUUAGCAUUGUAACCACCUGUGUCCCUCAGACUGCGAUUCGGCAUCCAUCUUUUUAUGCACACACCUGCCUGCACAUGCAAUAGAAUUAGGUGAAAACCCGCGCUACUACUUGAACGUGAACUGGAUAUGUUUGGUAGGUGUUCGUGAAAUACACUAAAGUGGAAAAUGCAACAGACGCGCAAGACAACCAGACAACACUAGCACAGUGUUGUGUUGUUGUUCUGUGUUGUGUUGUCUCCAGUGUCUGUGUUGUUAAAUGUGGUGUUGUCUUAUCUUGUUUUCUCUUCUUGCAUUUGUGUUUGCAUGCCUUUACCUCCUUUCAUGAUGUACAGUCAUUUCAUUCAAUCCGCAUCACACACGGAAAUUACUUCGCUAUAUCCGGAAAUUCGUUAUAAACGAGGUUUCAGAGCACUAUUAAUUGCAACAAUGUUCUUUAUUUACUUCGUUGUAUCCAAUUCAGUAUAUCAAGGUGCGACUAUACUUCAAAUUGACAAAGGCUUGGCUUGCACUAGUGACGUGAGAGGCGCGCUGUCAGUCUGCGUUCAUUCAAAAAUAUUUCGUGAACGUAUCUUAGGUGCAUGUGAUAGGACCCACUCUGAGGGCUGACAUUCUAGCCGGGCAUUACUUCUGCUGUGAUGACAAUACGUGCAUAGCAGAUGACAAUAUCUGCUACUAUACGUAUAGUUUCAUGUCCUCCGCAAAGGCAAGAAAGAGUGUGCAAGCGGUCUUCAUGACAAAGAUGGAGAAUUGAUGCACAACAGAGUCUUUUUUUUUGCUGUGCCCUAUUCUUGACAAGUGCUAUGCACGCUAUUGCCUACUAGCACUUGUGCUGAACUGGCAAAUGUGCAAUAAAAACAAAGCUGUUUUCUUGCUUU